UCAGAGUUAACAUUUUCGGGUCCGGUAACCCUUCCUCAGGACAGAACCACUUCUUGGGCGGAGCUCACACUCUGUCCGCCCCCUUCCGGAAAGGGUCGAAGGGAAGGGGGGGGUGGGGCAAACACUGCCGCGCACGCGCAGACCAUCACAGGCCGACGGCAGGGCGGGAACGUGUAGGGCGUGGCUCUGCGUUAACCCGCCCCCUAGACCUCAUCCGAUUGGCUAACAGGCGCAGCAAUCCGAGCCAAUUAUUGGACAGAAUGGCUGUCAGGCAGCCUCGAUGACGUCCCCAGGCCGAAAGAGGCGGGCGAAAAAAAAAGUGAGAGAGAAAAAAAGAUCUGAGAUUUUCCGCCGGCUUCGGAGAGCAGAGGGGCAGUAAAUAGCCAACAUGAAUUUGGAAAAUCUCAGCAAGUCAGAAUUGCUGAUGUUCUUCAGUGUCCUUGAAGGAGAACUUGAAGCAAGAGAUAUGGUGAUUGAAUCAUUACAAGCACAGCACAGAGAUCGUUUCAUCCAAGAGCGCUAUGGAAAAUAUGACAUCAGUGACCCAUUCCUUGCUCUACAAAGGGAUUGUGAGUCGAUCAGGGGUGGAAACUGUGGUGACAAGCAGCCUGUGUGUACCAACCCACUAUCUGUACUCAAAGUGGUAAUGACACAGUGCAAGAAGAUGCAGGAACGAAUGGUAUCCCAGCUGGCUGCUGCAGAGAGCAGACACCGUAAGGUUAUUAUGGAUCUGGAAGAAGAGAGACGAAGACACGCCCAGGACACAGCUGAAGGGGAUGAUGUGACCUACAUGCUGGAGAAAGAGCGUGAACGACUCACUCAGCAGCUUGAAUUUGAGAAGUCACAGGUGAAGAAGGUAGAAAAGGAACAGAAGAAGCUGUCUACACAGCUGGAGGAGGAACGAACAAGACACAAACAGUUAACCACUGUUCUGAUGAAAGAAUGCAAAAAAGCAAACAACAAGGCUGCAGAGGAAGUUCAGAAAACUGCAGAAUUGAAACUCAAGCUGGAGAAAGAGAUGGCCAAAAGCAGCGAGCAAGAGGAGGAGUUGGCCGCCGAGAAACGGCGAGCUUUGCAAAGGGAGGCCCAAAUGGAGAAACAGCUUUCCGAGUUUGAUACUGAGAAGGAGCAACUGCGAGCAAGGCUAAACCGGGAAGAAAACCGGGCACGAGCCCUCAAUGAGGAAGUGCAAAGUUUAAAGCAAGUUAUUGAAGAGUUUAAAAAUAAAACCGAAAGUUCCAAUAAAGUAGUAGCAAAUGAACCAAAAUCACAAGUAACCUUUCCAUUGGAGGCUGGUGCUAAGAAAAGCAAGACGAUAUCCCCUUCAUGCCAAACUGAUUGUGGUCAUGUGAAAGUGCCUAAUGGAAGUGAUGUAAAAGAAAAACACUGCACAUCAUCAACGCCGACUGCAGUUGUUCCACAACUAAAUGGACAUUGCGCAGCAUUUAUGGUUAAUGAUGGGGAUGAUCAGUCACCUGACGGCAAUGGUGUAGAUAUUCUUUUCUCUACUGAGAGCAAAGUACCGUCUCCAUCUCCAGAGCACUCACUUGAAAAUGGAAGUGGUAAUGUGGCUUCUUGUGCUGUCCCACAUUUCACAGGUGGAACCUCAGUUUCUCCAAGCAACACUGUGAACUCUUCAGCUGCUUCCUCUGUAUCAUCUUCCCCAUGUUCAUCACCUGUGUUGACAAAGCGACUCACUAGUUCAACAAGCCCCAGCAUCAGCUUCCAGUCAUCCUACCAGGCUGGGCUGAACCAAAGGUUUCAUGCAGCUCGAUUUAAAUUCCAAGCUCAAGCAGAGCAAGAUCAACAGACCGGUGCAUUACAAAGUCCUCCUCCAAGGGAUCUGUCACCCACUACCUCUGAUAGUUCAGCAGCCAAACAGUUAGCUCGAAAUACUGUAACCCAAGUCCUCUCUAGGUUCACAAGCCAGCCAGGAACUCUGAAAACUGCAAAUAAUUCCCCCUUUGGUACUGACUACCGACAUUUGGGUAGUUCAGCAAAAACACCAACUGGUGAUGUUAAUCAUUCACCGACUUCCAGUAAAGUCUCGAGUCCACCAUGUCCAAUGGCUCCUGGGAUAAAAUCGCCGACAGUAUCUAGAGUGGACAGAGGCAAUCCUCCUCCAAUUCCUCCUAAGAAGCCUGGCCUUGCACAAUCACCUGCAUCACCUCACCCGCUGGGUAGAGCAGCUACAGAUAGUGGACCUUCCCAGAUUGGGCUGUCUGCUAAAAAUGAAUCAAGUGUUUCCAAUUCUGUUCAACCUCAACGAUUCUUUAAUUGGCGUGAAACAGGGAUCCAUGAGGAAGCUUCAUUGAAAUGUUCACCUGAACAAGGAACAAUGAUGGGCUCUGAGGAAGGGACUGAGGGUGUAAUUCAUGUUGCACCAAUGGGGACACCAUCUAAUGAACUAAACCCUGCAGCCUCCAUGAAACUUUCAGCAGUUCCCAUGGAUGUUUGUGCUGCCACAGUGGACUUAACAAACAUCUGUGGCAUGAACAACAGUUUGAUUACACCAACCAGUAAAGAGAUUGAUAUACUUCUACCAACUAGUAGUUAAGCUGUCUAGAAAUGAAAUGUGAGUUACGCUUUUCUUAUUGCAGAUAUGAAGUUUCUCAACUGCAUCACAGUUUAUUAUUUAUUUAUAGGGCAUUCUGUACUUGUACAAUAUCCAAUUUGCUACACAUUAUUUUGUUAACUUCAGAAUUUUCUAAUUGUACAUUCUUACCUGUAUUUCUUUGUUAACGUGUUUGAUAUAUAUCUUUUAGUAGUAAUGUCAAGGCCGCUGAUUUACAGAUUAUGUGGAAAGAAUUAACUGAAUGUGCACACUAAAACAUGGGGAUAAAAAUCCUGAAAUCUCAACUAGUUAUAUGCUUAUUCAGUCAAAAUUAAUUUCCCCCAAACAAUUAGAAAUUCCAAAUGCAAUAAAAAAAAUUGUGAAUUAUCCAUCUAACAUAAAACAGUGACUAUAACUGGGCAGCAUGGUGGCUCAAUAGCUAACAUUGCUGCCCCACAGCACCAGGGACCUGGGUUUGAUUCCAGCCUUGGGCAACUGUGUGUGAAGUUUGCACAUUCUCCCCAUGUCUGUAUGGGUUUGCUCCAGUUUCCUCCCACAGUCGAUUAGCCAUGGUGAAUUGCCCAUAGUAUCCGGGAUGUGCAGGCUAGGUGGAUUGACAUUGGGAUGGGUUUGGGGGUGGGUCUAGGUGGGAUGCUGUCCAAAGUGUCGGUGUGGACUUGGGUGGAAUGGCUUGCUUCCACACUCUAGGGAUUCUGAUUCUAACUAUUCUAUUUGUUUCACAAUCUGUCACAUAUAACUGUGCUUAUAUACUUGGAAAAACCAGCACAAAUUGGGGGAAGGUAAUGCAUUAGGGGGAAAAAAAUAAAUUGGCAAAUGCCUUUAGAUGCAAUUCAGAGCUCAAUAUGAGCUCCACCAGACUCAAAACAUUAACACACUUUCUGUCCACAGAGGCUGUCUAACCUGCUGAGUUCCUGCAGCAUUCUGUUUUUCAGUUUCCAGCAUCCACAGUAUUUUGCUUUUAUUGUAAUGAAUAUUUACUGCACUGAGCAGUAUCUCGAUGGUGAUGUUUAUAACUGCCCAUUGCAACAAUCUUUUAAAGCCUACUUUGUUGUGAUAGUAAGUUGAGGGGAGGAUAGUAUGUCAGUAUAGAAUCCCUUCAGUGCGGAAACAAGCCAUUUGGCCCAUCAAGUCCACACCAGGCCUCCGAAAAGCAUCUCACCCAGACCCGCCCACCAACCCUAUCACUGUAACACUGUAUUUUCUAUGGCUAAUCCACCUAGCCUGUACAUCUUUCGACUAUGGGAGGAAACCCACACAGACACAGGGAGAAUGUACAAAUUCCACUCAGAUGGCCACCAUAAAGGACACAGGAUUUGUUUUCUGUCACAUGACUGUAAAAUGGUUGAACCACUCAAAUUAAGUUAUAUUAUAAUCGUGAUUUUGAAAAUAAAAUGACCUGGUAGUGGUUAAGGAACUUCUUUUAAACUUAUGACUGCAUUUAAGUGCAGUAUGAUAUGUUCCAGGAAGGCCUGAAGUAAUCUUUCUUUUAAACUGCAUUAUCUAUGCCGUUUUCCCCAGGGAUGUUUCUAAAGGGUUAACGGUAAAGUGUUUGUUUUACAUCUGGGAUUCAAACUGAGUAAUUUGUACUCUUGUGGUUUACAACUUUCGACACUGCAUUCCUUAAUUGCCAAAUGUCUUCGUUGUGGUAUAUGAUGUAGUUAACUUUUAGCAUAAACAUACUAUAUUUUAGCAUAUGCAAACAGUUCUUCAGCUUGUAAGUAACAAAGUUUUGUUCUCACCACUAGACAACACAUUACAUUCAGUUAAAUUUCUGACUAUAUCUUGUGGCAAAUGUUUACCAUACAUAUUUUGAGUAGUCAUAGUGAUAAAAGAUAUAAAACUGCCAGUAGCUUGUUUAAAUUAAAUCAUCUGCUUUUAACGAAACUAAAUAAGGCAAGAACAUAAUGGUGAGCUAACGAAUCAAAAAAUGCACAUGAGCAUAUCAUAUGCAAUAUAUAAAAAGAUGUAAUGUCUAUUUUUGAUUGAAUUCAUGAAAUUGAUUUAAUAAAAUUCAUAGGAUUCUUCAUACAGUUUUUUUUUAAAAAAACCCUUCUGCCAUCCUAUCAGCAAAAACAUCUGCUUGGGAGUUCAUAUGUCAUGUUUUUCUACUGGCCAAAGGCUGGGAGAGCUUGUUGCUAGAUAUCUACUACUUUCUAUAUGCCUGAAGUAGGAUUUCAUAAGUGCCCCAGGGUACCUUGGCUUAUGAAAAUUGCUUUCUUUGCCCCUUGCAGGAAAGUGAUUAAUCUGUUGAUCACAGUUGAGAUUGGCAUAGGUAAAUCAGAAUUUAAAUAAUUUCAGAGUGUAAUAAUGCACAAUUUUAACGUCAUAAACGGUGCAUUUCAUUGUGGAUAUUAAUUUGCAUUGGCUACAAGUUUAAACAAAUUGCUGUAGAUUUCAUUCAUUAAUUUUAUAGACUCCAAAAAGUUAAUUUUUGUACCAGAUCUUCAUUAUAACCACCUUUUCCCCCAGCUGCUGCCAAACCCUGAGCUGUGGAGCCACAUGAAUUACAUUAUGUAAUUUGGAGAGAAAAACUUGGUACAACUACUAAAAUGGAAAAAAAAAUUGUACAUUUUCUUGCAUCUUAUUGUGCCUUGCAGAUCUUUGGAUAAAUUGAGUUCCCUUGAAGUGCAGUGAUUUUGGUCUUAAGGCAAAUAUAGCAGCCAUUUUAAGAAAGACUUAGAUAAAUGCUCUGUUACUUUAUUUUGCUAGAGGAGGAAUACACAUCAUGGGGAUCUCUUUGCUCUCCAAAUUCACGGUCCUUGGUACACAUCUGAAAUUGCAACUUUUGAUUUGCUGCCUCAUGCAAUGGGAUUGCACUUUUAACAGUGAACUACUCUCUCAGUAUUAUGCAAAAGUUUCAGAUUGAACUACAAUAGUUAUACUGUAACAUGUGUUUUGUUAACGUAAAUUGGCUGUAACGCGAUUGAUAAAUAGUGGAGCCUGUUUGUAUAACACAAACUUUCUGCUGUACAGGUGUGGUGAUUUUUUCCUAUAGCAAUUUCCCUAUAAAGUGAUUUUUCUAUAGCAUGAGGUCACAUAACGCAAGUAUUGUGUUAUGGGAGAACUACCUGUAGUUGCUUCAACUCUUGGUGUGAUUCACAAACCCAAAGCCUAAUUGUCACAUGAACCAAUACAAACACUAACUCUAAAACAGAUUCUUCUUAGAGGUAUGAUUUUUUUGGUAGAUAAGUUGGGGACAGAGCUAAACCAGGCUAAAGAAAUAUUUUUAAUAAAUAACUUGAUUAGUAGACUUCUAGAAAUUGUUCCAGCUCUGCCAUCAUAUGUUUCCCUUCUGUGCCCCUUUAAGUUAAUAUGCCCAUGAACAAUGUCCUCUCGUAACGUACAAUUAGCUGCACCAGGAAUGUAGUUCUAGUCAUGGUGUAUGUAAAUAAUCAGGUCCAGACAAGUUCACAACUCCCAGUCCAGGUGCAAUUUGCAGAUUUUAUAAGUAAGCAGUUUGGAAACUUCUUAUUACUCAACUGACAAAUGAACACCUCAAGUAACUACAUUUACUCCGUGUUUUACUUAAAUGUCCUUUUUUUAAAACCACACCAGAUUUUAAAAGUUUGAGGGAUAAUUAAGAAUUUAACAUAGUAUGCACUUGUCCUACCUCCCAAAGAGGAUUUCAUGGUUGAGCAUUUUAUUCAAAGAUUUAUAGGGAUUUUUAUAGUGAUGAGAGUGGCCACAUUAAGCCUUGAUUGUUUAAACAUUGCAUGCCUAGCAUGUGUAGAUGAAGGCAACAAUGUUCUCUUUGUAAAGUCUGAUCCAGUCAAUAAAAUCAUGAAUUAAUUUUCACUCGUUUGCCUAUAGUUAACUUGCUUUAGAGGGUGGAAGAGGAAAAGCUGUUGUGUUGCUGAGGGGAGAGUUGAGUUUAUUCUGUCCCAUAAAAAGUAUUUCCUCUUUAUGAAGCAGAACUUUUAUUUCCUUUUAAUACUCUUGGUAAAUUCAAAACAAUCCCAAAACCUUAUGCUAUUAUUUGUUUUAUUAGUUGUAAGUCUUGAUCCUAAAAGAAAUGAUACGUGAUUCCAAUAUAGAACCCUUCAUUUCCUAUUCUUCCUUCUUUAUCCACGCUUCUUUAAUUUCACAUUUCUUUAUAUGCUCAAUAUUGAGGAGCCAGAAAAACUAAGAGCCUGACACUCUUAGGAGACACUCUCGGCCGUUUGAAAAACGAUGAAAAAGGACUUCUAGGUAGCAAAUAUUGGCCCAAUCAAAAUCUCAGUGGUUGAUUCUAUGAGAUGGGUAGCAACCUCUGCUUUUCUGACACUAUUUAACUAUGCAGCAUUGGAACGGGUGACUGGAAUGUUGAAGCAACAUCUUCCUUAGACAAUGUGCUGUUCUGGAAAAAGUUGCUGAUUUUGUUUUCAUCUUUUUGAAAUAGACUGUUCUGCAUAUUAGCAAAACUAACAUAUUACUACUUCCAACAUGAAAUUGUCACCUUGGCUUAUGCGGUGUAAUUGAGGCAAAACUGGUAGGAUUUCUGCUUUGUCAAAUCAUCUCCCCCCCCCACCCAAAACAACCUAAUUCCUCAACAUUGAUAAGAAACAUAGUAGAAGAACUAUAUUACACUCCACAUUCCACACACCCCUCAGAUCUACUCCGAUUCAAUCACUGGCUCACCGUCUCAAGUCAUACAAAUUCCCACUUUUAAAAUAACUUAUUUAUGGUAGAGGCCAUUGAAUCCAUGCUGGCUUUCAUUGGAGCAAUCCAGCUAGCCCCAGUCACCUGAUUUGAUUCCCAUGGUUCUCCGAAUUCAUUUCGUUACAAGUGCCUGUCCACCUUCUUUAGAAGCCAUUGAUGAUUUCUGCUUAUUACCAUUAUGAGACCAUAAGAAAUCGGAACAGGAGUAGGCCAUCUAGCUCUUCAAGCCUGCACUGCCAUUAAAUAGGAUCAUGGCUGAUCUGACAUUCCUCACAUCUACUUUCCUGCCAUUUCCCCUUAACCCUUGAUUCCCCUACUGAUCAAGAAUCUUAUCUCCGUCCUAAAUAUUUGCAAGGACUCUGCCUCUGCCCCUACAGCUCUCUGUGGCCAGGAGUUUUAAAGACACUCAAUCCUCUGAGAAGAAAUUCUGCCUCAUCUCAGUCUUAAACAGACACCCCUUUAUUUUGAGACAGUCCUCUCAUCCUAAACUGUCCCAUGAGGGGAAAUAUCCUCUCAGCUUUUACCCUGUCAAGCCCCUUAAGAAUUCUAUGUAAGAUCACCUCUCAUAAGUAGCAAAUUCCAAGUCAUUACCACUUUAACUAUUUUUAGAAAGUUCCUCUUCACACUCCCUCUGCAUCUCCUGUCCAAAACCAUAAAUCUGUGUCUUCUUGUAUUCUUCAAUCAAAUCUCUUUGUUCCAAGCUAUUUCAACCUAAAUUUGUAACUAAAAUCCCACAUCCCUGCAAUCGUGGCAAAUCUCUUUUCCGCCCUCUUAAGGAUGCUCACACUCUUCCUAAACUGUGGUGACCAGAGCUGGUAAGUUAAGAUGCUACUUUCUGGGGCAUGCUGACAAAUUCAGAUACUCCCAAUCCAUAUAGAGAGAGAUAAAAACAUAAUUGUACUUCCUUACCUGUGGAACGUUCAUUAAGAAACUGUCAUUAGUCAUUAGAAAACUUGUGACUUCGCUUGCUGAGAGUGGCGUAUAACCAGGUCAUUCAACUACAUGACUGCAAAACUGCCACUAUAAGUUGUACAUAUAUCAUAUAUAUUGGAAAAUGGUCCCUCUUGUCUGUAACUAGUAAUAAUUCAGAACACAGUAUAAUAUUGCAUUGCUUGAUGUAAAUUCUACUUUUAAAAAAUUUAUAAAAGACUUCAAUAAAAAUUGUUUUUGUGAGGUAUUUAUUCCCCCCAAAGCUUAUAGGUUAUCCGACACCAAUGAUGGGGGUGGAAUCAAAGAUACAGUAGCACUGUGAAGUGUCUCUAGGUCCUCAUACAUAUAGACUUACACAGUGCAGAAGCGACCCUUGGGCCCAUCAAGUCUGCCAUCAAAAGUACACUAAAUCUACAUUAGAACUUGAAUGUCGUCGUCAGUACCAUGUUAACUUGUUCUGCACCUUCAGGGAUCUGUGGACAAGCACCCCAAGAUCCCUCUGAGCUUCCUUCUGUCCUGCUAUUCAGUGAGUUGCAGCUGAUGUUAAUUCACAGCUCCCAUGACCAUUCUUUUUAAUAUAAUUAGCAAAGCCUUAAAAGUGUUUGAAGCACUAACAUAGAAAAUAGCAGUAGGCGAUCAACCCUUCAAGCCUGCUGCAUCAUUCAGUAGGAUAAUGACUGUUUGUAUUUUCUCCCAUACUCUUUGUUCCCUUUAGCCCGACGAACAAUAUCUGACUCCUUGAAAACGUUCACUGUUUUGUUUUCAUCUGCUUUCUGUAGUAGAGAAUUCCACAGGCUCACCACUUUCAGGGUGCUAAAUGGCCCAUUCCACAUCCUUUAACUGACCUGGCAAGUAAGUUGCAAAUUAAGCUGUAGCAUUUGUUCAAUAAAUAAUUAAUGCAGAUGAACAAUGUAUCACUCAAUGGCCAGAGCACCUAGCAAGCAUCCCAUGUUGCACCGUUGAGGAAGGCCUCCCAUAUAUGUAAGUGGUCGGUGGCUGACCCCCAUCCCCAACCACUCUCUGUUUAUUGAAUGCCUGUAGUAGUGAAUUCAGACCUUUUAGUUGAUGUUAUUUGCCCACUUAAGGGCCUUAAUUGGCAGCAAGGUGGGAAGGCAGUGAGGGUCCCCAUCUGGUAGCCUGACACCUCCCCUGCCCCCCACCUCACCUCAUGGCAGGGCAUUUAAUUCUAUCCAUUGGGUGAGCAGGUUUGGAUUGAAGAGCAAACAUAGGACUAAUCUCAAAAGUCUCAUUCAAAAUGAUGAUCAUGUGGAAUAAGUUUCAAGCGAGAAAUUGAAGGGAAGUCUUCUCCAUGUUGUAAAUAAAAGUCCACACUGAUGGAUAGUUUUGAUGUAACAAUUUCUAGUCAAUGGGAACGUCAGUGAGGAGCUGAUUAUAUAGAGAAUGUGUUGUUAUAAUACAGUUUAAAUAAAUGUUAAUAUUUAUGGUAGGCUAACAGUGAGAUGCAGCCAAGCAAUUCUGUUGAUCACUUCUCAUAUUGAAAACUGCCAGAGUACAAAUUUUGCAAAAAUGCAUGACAGGAAAGUGUUUAAUUGCCGCCUUAAUUAUACCACCAAAUGUUUUACAUUUUGUUUAAAUUUAUACUUUAUUUGUGUUAGAAAAUGCUUUCAGGGUUGUUACUAUUCUGUAAGUGGAAGAAUGGUGAUAUUGGAGUAGAUUCAGAAGAAAUAGAGCAUCAUUAUAGGAAUUUUCUGCAGCAGAUUUUACCAGGAAAUGUAUGCAACUAAAUAAUCUGAUUCUUUUGUAAUGGUUGAUAGAUGUUUUUCAUAACAGUGCAAUAGGCCCUACACAGCAAUUUAGCAGCACACAUAGUCAUUGUAAAAUCACAAUAACUCAAUGCAGUGCCUUUUUAAAUUUUUUUUUCAAUUGAAAGAAAUAUGUUUUGAUACAAAAGUUGUCUAACUCUACUUGAAUCUGCAAUUCUGAACCUUGAGCCACUUCAAGUGAUCGGUACUGGUGUUCAAACAGAUCAAGUUGGUCCAGUAAUUUUCUGCUGUUUUUAAUUGUAUUGAAUGUGGAUGGUAAGUUUGACACACUUCAGUGUGUUAAUUACUUCUAGCAAAGUACUGCAAAUAUUGCAUCAACAAUUUUCAAAUUUAAGAUUAUCAUAACCAUAGCUUUACAGAUUUAUUGUGGACUCCGAGCCACUGAAAUUUUGCAAAAGUUAUUUCAUAGGAACAACUGAUACUAGACAUGAAUUCCACCUCUUGAAUUUGUGUGGGAACAACAGCAAUGGAGUUUGACAGAUUACUUAAGAAUUAAAAUUAAUUUUACUAUGAUAGUAACAUCUAGUGGCAGAUUACUAAGAACACAUCAAACCUGGCUUAAAAUUCACCAGGUUUUGCAGGAAAUUCUGUUUGCUGUGUUCUACUGGAAUAAUUGAAAAUCGACAUAGGUUUUGACAAACUUGAGGCGUAUGAAACUUCAACAUUACUUCUUCCACGCACCACCUUGGCAUUUGGCCAUUUCAGGGUUUGAGGUUAUUCCUUUGACGAUAUUAUUGAGAUUUGCCAAGAAAACGCCUCUCACUAAAUACUUUAACAAACCAACUUAAACCCAGUAUAAAAUGUAUUAAAAAUUUCCCUGUUUUACACGCGGGCUGUUCAUCCAGACUAAAAUGCAUAUUUGAUAAAAUUACUGCAUGUAAUGUGUGUGCAUUUAUCAUGUACAUAAUAUAAACACACAUUAUAUAGGUGUUCUGCAGUAAAUAGUGAAAUACUUAGAUAAAGAUACAAACAGCUGACAGACAUGGUGCAUGUUUAACAUGCACCAUCUGAAGGGGCGAGUAAAUAAUUCCAGAUGAGUUUUCAGAACAUCUCGACUAUCUAUCCUAUAAUAGCUUGUUUUCUUUUCUUAGGGCAUAUUUAGGGAUAGGAGUAGGUAUGUAAGCAAUGUAUAUACCUCGUUGCAAUACAAAUGACUAUCAAUAACUAUAUCCUUUUGAGAUGUCAAGACUGUUUUUAUAUUAUGGCUUUUCUUUUUCAAUUGACUUCAUUCACUAUGCCACACGACUAUCACCAGCAAAAAUUAUUUUAAAUUGCAACUUCAGCUGACAUGUAUAUACUUGCAUACAAGCAUUUGUAUUAAGACAUACAAUAAACUGCAGCAUAAAAAGUUUAUCUGAAA